AUGCACAGGUCUGGAGUGCACAGACAGAGCCCGCCCAGCGAGGAACGUCACAGAUCUGGUUACAAUGCACACACGCUGGAGGAAGCAGCAGGGCAGCCGCCGCCAGUAAACACUCCGUUAGCGAAGGCAGUAAGCCCGGCUGCAUGCAAUCAGCACGCGAGGCAUUAUCACACGGAAGGAGAGAGCGCAAUGUGCCGCCCAGGACUAACCCGGCUGCUGCUCUUCCAUCUGCUGCUGCUCAAGCUGCACACUGGCAAAGGCGCCGCAAAGGAGUGCGAGGAGGACCAGUUCCAGUGUCGGAACGAGCGGUGCAUCCCCGCCAUCUGGAAAUGCGACGAGGAUGACGAUUGCUCGGACAACAGCGACGAGGCGGAUUGCCUGAAGAAAACCUGUGCAGAAUCAGACUUCACCUGCAACAAUGGCCACUGCAUCCCAGCCAGGUGGAAAUGUGAUGGUGAAGAGGAAUGCCCUGACGGGUCUGAUGAAUCAGAAGCGACAUGCACCAAACAAGUGUGCCCAGCUGAAAAAAUUAGCUGUGGAGACUCAAGCAACAAAUGUAUCCCAUCAUCCUGGAGAUGUGAUGGGGAGAAAGACUGUGAAAGUGGAAUUGACGAGGCUGGUUGCACUACUGUCUGUUCUUCCAGUGAGUUCCAGUGCAGUAACAAGACCUGCAUAGCCAUGAUCUUUGUGUGUGAUGGCGACAACGACUGUGGCGAUGGCAGUGACGAGAGGAAGUGCUCGCCCCUCACCUGCAACCCUAAUGAGUUCCAGUGCAACAACAGCGUGUGCAUCCCUGAGCCCUGGGUCUGUGACAACCAGCCCGACUGUGAAGACCACUCAGAUGAAUCGAUGGAGAAGUGUGGCUACAAAGUCAAGCCUCAGGUGCUGAACACCUGUGCGGCCCACGAAUUCAGGUGUGGCAAUGGGGAGUGCAUCCACUUGAACUGGAAGUGCGAUGGUGACGAGGACUGCAAAGACAAGUCAGACGAGCAGGAUUGUCCACUGGUGACCUGCCGCCCUGAUGAGUUCCAGUGUGGGGACGGGACCUGUAUCCAUGGAGCAAAGCAGUGCAACAAGGUACACGACUGUCCUGACAACAGCGAUGAGGCAGGCUGCGUUAACGAGUCCACGUGUGAAAGCCCCAGGAAGUUUCAGUGUAAAAAUGGAGAGUGCAUUGAUGGAGUCAAAGUGUGCGAUUCACAUAGAGACUGCAGGGACGGGUCUGACGAGCCUGUGAAAGAAUGUGAACAAAAUGAAUGCUCGAUCAACAACGGUGGGUGCUCACACAUAUGCAAAGACUUGAAGAUUGGUUAUGAAUGUGAAUGCCCUCCCGGAUACAAGCUUCUGGAUAAAAAAACGUGUGGAGACAUAGAUGAAUGUGAGAAUCCAGACGCUUGUAGCCAGAUCUGCAUUAAUUACAAGGGGGACUACAAAUGUGAAUGCUACGAGGGAUACGAGAUGGACAUCCUGUCCAAGAACUGCAAAGCCGUAGGCAAGAGUCCAUACCUGAUCUUCACCAACCGCCACGAGGUACGCAAGAUAGAUCUGGUGAAAAGGGACUACUCUCGCAUCAUCCCCAUGCUGAAGAAUGUGGUGGCUUUGGAUGUGGAGGUGGGAACAAACAGGAUAUACUGGUGUGAUUUGUUCUACAGAAAGAUAUACAGUGCCUACAUAGACAAAGCCAGCGACACAGCCGAGCAGGUGAUUUUGAUAGACAGUCAGCUGAACUCCCCCGAAGGCCUGGCGAUGGACUGGGUUCACAAGAACAUCUACUGGACAGAUUCGGGCAACAAAACCAUCUCUGUGGCCACUGCUGAUGGAAGCAAGAGGAUGACACUUUUUAGCACUGACCUAAGCGAGCCCAGAGCCAUUGCAGUUGAUCCGACACGGGGAUACAUGUACUGGUCUGAUUGGGGAGACAAAGCUAAAAUUGAAAAAUCUGGCCUGAACGGUAUGGAUCGGCAAGUGCUGGUAACAGACAACAUUGAGUGGCCGAAUGGCAUCACACUAGAUUUGCUGAAUCAGCGUCUCUAUUGGGUGGACUCCAAGCUGCACUUACUUUCAAGCAUUGACUUCAAUGGCGGCAAUAGGAAAGUUCUCAUCUCUUCUGCUGAUGACCUGAGCCACCCUUUCGGAGUAGCUGUGUUUGAGGAUAAGGUGUUCUGGACUGACCUGGAGAACGAGGCAAUCUUCAGUGCAAACAGAUUGAAUGGCCUGGACAUCUCCAUUUUAGCAGAGAAUCUCAAUAACCCUCAUGAUAUUGUGGUCUUUCAUGAGCUAAAGCAGCCAAAAGCUCCAGAUUCCUGUGAGCUCAGCUCCCAACCCAAUGGAGGCUGUGAAUACCUGUGUCUUCCCGCACCCCAAAUCUCUCUACAUUCCCCCAAGUAUACGUGUGCCUGUCCUGACAACAUGUGGCUGGGCCCUGAUAUGAAGAAAUGCUACAAAGAUCUUCCAGCUGCCUCAACAACUGAGCCAGUUUCAACCAUCACCACUACUAUGAUUUCCGCCAUCAACGCAGCUACAACUAGCAACACCAGCAAUGCCAGUAGAGAGAGCUCAGGAGCUGUAUCACAAUUCUCCAUCACAACCCCAGGGGUUGGCUUACCCACAACCACAUCCAGUCUAAUAGGCACAAAGAUCAUGACACCUGGAAAUAGCAAUUUAUCCCAGCACUAUGCCAAUGAUGGGCAAGGUUUUGGAUCAACUGUUACAGCAGCCAUUAUUGGAAUUGUAGUUCCUCUUGUGGUCAUUGGUUUGCUGUGUAUGGGAGGGUACCUCAUCUGGAGAAAUUGGAAAAGGAAGAACACUAAAAGCAUGAACUUUGAUAACCCUGUGUACAGGAAGACAACAGAAGAAGAGGAUGAAGAGGAAAUCCAUAUUGGGAGGACUGCACAAAUUGGGCAUGUCUACCCAGCACGUGUAGCAUUGAGCCUGGAAGAUGAUGGGUUACCAUGA